AUGUAAAGUGCUCUUGUAUAUAUAACACUGCCUGGAGAAAAAAUUCCGCUUUCAAGUUUAGUUAGUGGAAAUUCAAUCAAAACAAAUAAGCAAGAUCUUAAUAUAACUAAAUCUCUAGAAAUAGAAACAAAACAUAUAGGAUGGUUUUGGGUUGAUUAAUAAAAAAUUGCAAUCUGUCAUAAUCCUAUAUACUAUUAACCAGAAAUAGAAGACUAUGUAAUUGUAUAAGUCACUGGAAAGAAUAGUGAAUAUUAUUUUUGUGAACUUGGUAAUGGGCUUGUAUAUAAUCUUAAUUAAAUGGAUUUUGAAGGAGCAACAAAAAAGAAUAAACCUAAUAUUUAAGUUGGAUAAUUUUUAUAUGCCAGAGUCAUUGAAUUAAAUCACUAUUUAAAAGGUAAAUUGUCAUGCAUUAAUCCUUAAAGUAAAAAAGAAUGGGUAAAAGUUUAUUUUUAUUAUAGACUACAGGAGAAAAUCUAUUUAGAGAAUUAACAGGAGGAGUUAUUGUAGAAUUGCCUUUGAAUUUUGUAUAAAAUCUUUUGAGUUCUUAAACUAAACCUGAAUUAUUUAAAGAGAUAAGCAAACAUUCUAGUUUUGAAGUUUGUGUUGGUAAAAAUGGAAGAAUCUGGAUUAAAGGAGCUGAUGCUGUUUUAAUUAUUAAUUUAUUGAAACGAUGUGCUUCUUUACAAUUAGAAUAAUAAUUAAAUUUGAUUAAUAAAUUUGCAUCCCAAUUUUAGUAAUGAAAUUCAAUAUACA